GGGAGGGCAAUGAUGAGCGUGAAUCCACACAAAUGCUUCCUGCAACAAUGCCAGAUGAGGGAGAUGAAUUGUUUAAAGAUAUCAGUCCAAAGGCCUUGGCUGCUGUCUUGCUACAAGCCCUUAAUUCAGACGGGGAAGAGCAGACCCCUUCAACCUCGCCAGAGAGAACUCCCCCUGGAGAUCACAAAGCCUUAAAAGAUGAGAAAGAGGAUGGUCUGACAGAGAGAGUAAAGACCAGAUCACAAAGUUUAGAAAGGGAGGAUGAGUUAAGAGAAGAUGCAAAGGUGGGGAAUGAAGAAGACUUAGAAAGUGUGAAGUCACUGUUGCAAGAGUUUGAGAGUUUUCAGUCCCCACCUAAAGCAGAGCAAGAAAUUGAACAGCAAACAAGAUCUGAUAGUGAUGACUUAGAAGAGCUAAAGGAGCUUCUAGGUAUAGGAAGUGAAAUAGAAGAGGAAAAAAGGUCCCCGAUCCAACCUGAUGCAGAAUCAUCCAAAAAAUGGGGAGAAGAAGAAGAAAGUGAUAAUCUAGCUGGUGUUGCUCAAGACCUUCUGCUACAAUAUGUCCUGAAUGGAGCUGAAAAUGAAGAAGAGCAGGGUAAGGAAGAAAAGAACCAAGAGCAGGAAGGUAGCGAAGAAGCAGCUGAUUACCAAGGAGGAGACUUUGUUGAAGGUCAGAGGCCUAUGUUUGAAGAUGAGGAAGAUGCUAAUAUCCUAGAGAAAAGAUCAAAUGAUGACGAUGAUGAUGAGAUUGAUCCUCAAACCAUUGACAAGUUGAUUGAGCUCUCCAGUCGCCUGCAUCUUCCAGCCGAUGAUGUUGUUGAUAUCAUAGCUGAUGUUGAAAGGAGGAAAAGGAGAAGGAUGAAAAAGAAGAAGGCAAGAGAUGACUUCCUUGGAAGAAAGGAAAGGACAAGAGCCCCACCACAAUCUUGGCCAGACACCCCAAAACCUGCCUAUUAUCCCAGGAGAAGGCUGGAACAAGAGCCAGUCUGGAAUAAAGUGCAAGAUCCAGUCUGGAACAAGGUUCCUGAACCAAUUUGGAGUAAGAAAAAGGAGCCAAGAUGGAAUAAAUGGGCAGAUCCCAAUUGGAAUAAGCUGCAGGAACCAAGAUGGGAUAAAGUGCAACAACCAAGCUGGAACAAAGUGCAACAGCCAAGCUGGAAUAAAGUGCAACAACCAAGCUGGAAUAUAGUACAACAACCAAGCUGGAAAAAGAUGCAAGAGCCAAACUGGAAAAAGAUGCAAGACCCAAACUGGAAUAAGGUGCAAGAUUACGGGAAUAAGGUGCAAGAUUCCUACGGGAAUAAGGUGCAAGAUUCCAACUGGAAUAAGGUGCAAGAUUCAAACUGGAAUAAGGUGCAAGAUUCAAACUGGAAUAAGGUGCAUGAUUCAAGCUGGAACAAGUUGCCAGAAUCCAGUUGGAAUGAGAUAGAAAAGCCAAGCUGGAAUAAAGCACAAAAAUCAAGUUGGGAUAAUAUGGAAGACUCAAGCUGGAAUAAGGUGAAACAGCCAAGCUGGAAAAAAUUUAUGCAGCCACCUCCCCGCAGAUAUCGCACACGCCCUUCUUCAUUCUCAAAUUAUAUCCGUCCUAGGGCUUUCCAGUCUCCCCCAAGAUAUUACUACAAACCUCCUCCUCCACAGAUCGAUGAUUAUUUUGAUGAAGACAAGGCUAGGCAGGAGGAGAUGGAGAAUUACAUUGAAAGGCUCCUGCUGACCCAUCCUGAGGUCUUCCAGUGAUUUGUCCCAAGUUGUUGUCCCAUAGAAUACAACUCAACAACUCAACCCAGCUAUUGAAUCCAACUCAACUACAUUGAACAUGACUCAACUGAGCAAGAUAUUUAUCUUUCCAAACCAGUCAGUUGCAUCCUUUCUGCACAACUCAAGUGAUCUUAUGCCCACCACAAUAUAUAUAUAAAACCGAGUGCCUGAAAAUGUGCAUCAACCAACUUGCCCUUGGUGAUACCACAACAAACCGACAAAACCAGUGAUGUUUCCUUAAAAUGACAGAACAACUGCACGGACAAUGAAAACCCCACCUUAAGAGUAAUAGAAAAACAAAAGACUGGAUCACUGAAACACCUGCAUUUUUCAGAUUAACCUGUGAUACUUCUAAAAACUUUUUUUCUGAAAUCUGGUGCAAUUUUGGGCAACUAUGUGCUCUGGGGCAGAUAUUCAUCACAGUCAAUAUUCAGUAGUUCCUAAGAGAACGGACCAAAUUACAAUCUCCUAAACCAGAUCUAGGCCCUUCCUACUCCAUAAAUAUAUAUAUAUAUAUAUCUAAAAGAAAAUGAAUAAUAAGAGUAAUUUGCACUAAAGAGGUUUUGCUUUGGGACGUGCAGAAUCGUCCAUGUUGUUGAGACCUCUUUAAAGGAGAAGUUCACUUUAACUACAUUUUCAGUGUUUCUACAUCGAAGUUAGACUGACAGUCAA